GUGUGCAUUUCUUUAAGAAGAGAACAAACAAAGCGUUUCAUAUUCCAAUAUCCUAGUUAUUAGUGGGGCCAAAAAUCAAAUCGUUCAUGUAAUGUUCGAACUCAUUAAGAAAUGAGUUUUUUGCUUCCGAUUUUGAACAAGCGUCUAUAUUAUUGAAUGGUGCCUGGUGACUAAUGACAAAAUUACCAAUUCAAAUGUGUUUUUGAAAUCAACAAAACACUUUUGUUUUGAUUCCAUUGAUAAGAGAUCGUUUGCAAAUCAUUAAAUUCGCAUGUUGACCGACUUGAAUAAAUUAAUUUCUAUAGAUAGAAGCCCGUGUUCGAUAAAACGUUUUGCUUUUUAUCUUUAUAGGCGCGCAUAUUUCCAUUUCUACUUCCCAGUCAGGAACCAUGUGUUUACCAAGAUUUAUCGGCAUGUCGUCAAGUGAAGUGUUCGAUGGCAAACAAUUCGAUAUGUUCUUUCAUGACCAUUCCUAUUAUUUUAUUGACUAAAAAAUCUAAAUUUGCAGCAAAAAAAGCGCCUGAAUUUCUGCUAGUCCUUUAUCAGAUUCACCCUUGUAAGAAAAUUUAUAAUGAGAGCAAUAUUUUCUAUCAACAGAGUGUGACGACACUGCUGGAACAAAAAAACGCAAAGAUGGUUUGAUUGAAUUAAAUUAAUCUUGAGAGAGUAAAUCGCGCGCGUUGUACUAAAAUCUAAGCGCAUGUCGAACACAAUCAAAUGAUAAUCUCAAACGUUAUCUUAUCAUAAUAGAGUAGAAAACAAGACCGCAGAGCUCCGCUUCGCUCCGCUCUGCGUUCUUGAGUUUUUGGUUACCUAAUCUAUUUUGUUGUUCCACAACAAACUAUUUUUUGGCGCACUACAUGAAAUGUAUUUCAUCAAAGUAACUUUGAAGUAAUAUAUUUAUUUGAAAAAUGAAUUACAAGAUUUGUCGUUACUGCCACUGUUUUAAAUUAAAUAAAAAAUAUGGGCAUAAAAUUCAGAUUCACCAUAUUUUGUUUCAACACUCAAAAAGUAUCAAGGAAAAAAAAGAGCAGAUUAGUAGCUCUAGAUUUCAUGUAGUGCUAAAAAGAAGAAUUCUGCACAUCAUACAAUGAUACUGGGCGAUUAUGUGUGUGCGUAUGUCUGUGGGCCAUUGUAUGGAGAGUUCAUUUGUUCGGCUCAUAUUUGAUAAUUGUAAUUGUUGUGAAAUUGAAAUUGUCUAUGUUUUGAUUUGUACUUUACGGGCGAUCGCUUAUCUGAUUAUUGAGCUGCAAACUGAUGAACCGACUAGCGGUACGGACAGUAGCUAGGCGAGUGCGGUCACAUGAAAAUCAACGACGACUCUAGUGAUGUGCUGUUUGAAAUUUCGUCAAAAUUCAAUAACAAUUACCGAACCCUAUUCUAACAUUUGGAUGGGUGUAAAUAUUCGAUAAAAAGACGCAAUAGAAAUCAUAUUUAACGCAAACGGACAGAACGAGACAAAGAAGAAGUGAUUUGUUUUCUUCAUAUUUUGUAAAUAAAAUGGAUUAUUACCGGCAAUCGAGUGCGGCCACUGUGCCGACAGGUUGUUCACCAACUUGGUACGAAGCGGUUAAUUCGGAAUUCUUCAACGAACAAGAUCAAAUACAAAAAAUGAAAUCGAAUAACCAACACAUCUACGCGAACAGUACUGCUGCUGCCACCACUGCCACGAAUCACUCGAUAAAUAUGCACGAGCAACCUUUGACCAACGCGGUGACAACAACCGAACAUCAACAAACACACAACAACAACAACAUGGAAUAUUAUAAUCGGCCCAUAUCAAUGCAUUUCAAUAAUGAUGCUAAUAACUAUUUUCCACCGCCGCCACCACCGCCUUCGUCUCUUGUUGGCGAUGGCAAUGCGUUGCUGUCAUACGCACCUUGUCAGGGGCCACGACCAUGGAAUUUUGCACAAUGCUAUGGCUUUUAUGGUCAACCAGCUUGUUCAAUGCUCAAGAUUAUUGACAUGGAAGAUUUUAUGAACAAUGAAAAACGCAAGGAGAAAUCGCGUGAUGCGGCCAGAUGUCGUCGUUCGCGCGAAACGGAAAUUUUCACCGAGUUGGGCGAUACGUUGCCGGUACGCAAAGAUGAAUUGGAAAAUCUUGAUAAAUCAUCCGUGAUGCGCUUAGCGAUUGCUACAUUGAAAAUCGAAGACACGCUGCAAUUAUUUAAAUUUGACGAUGAAGCCAAACAGACGACGGAUGAUCAACAACUUAGCAACAUCGAUGAAAAUGUUGUGAUGAAAGCACUUGACGGAUUCUUGAUUAUCCUCUCGACCGACGGCGAUGUUAUUUAUGUCUCGGAAAAUAUUCACGAAUACAUUGGCAUUCAGCAGAUUGAGAUUAUUGGAAAUCCAAUUUGGGACUACACGCACCAGUGCGACCAUACUGAAUUGCGUGAUACUUUGAAGGCACACGUCGAAGAUCAGAAGAAAAACGGCGAAUCGUCCCAUCGCAAUGUUUUGAUUCGUAUCAAGUGCACGUUGACAAGCCGCGGUCGCAGCGUUAAUAUCAAAAGUGCAACAUACAAAGUCAUCAACAUAGAGGGUCAUAUUGUGUUGGAUGAAACAAAGAACCAACAUCAAUUCGUUGCAAUUGCACGCUUGAUACCACAUCCCUCAAACAUUGAGGUGCCAUUGGAUUCGAGAACAUUUUUAUCGAAACAUUCAUUAAACAUGAAGUUCUCUUACGUCGAUGACAAAAUGCUGCCAAUUUUGGGAUACAAACCGUCUGAUUUAUUGGAUAAAUCGUUGUAUGAAUGCCAUCACAGUGUCGAUUCCGAAGCACUAAUGGUUGCAUUUAAAAAUGUCAUAAACAAAGGUCAAACGGAAACAUCACGAUAUCGGUUCUUGGGACGCAAUGGCGGAUACUGUUGGGUUGUCACUCAAGCAACGCUCGUUUAUGAUAAACAGAAGCCACAGAGUGUCGUUUGCGUUAAUUAUGUCAUAAGUGAUUUGAUAAAUAAAAAUGAAGUGUAUUCAUUGCGUCAGUUGGAAGCAUUCAAUGCGUUAUCGCCGAGCGACAAAUUAAAAUUGCAAACGAAAGCCGCGGAAUGCAGUGCUGAAUUACCGAAAAUACUGAAACAAGAGACAUUUGAAGUAACGAACAACAUCAAAUUGGAAGUGAUUGAUGACCAUUCAUUGAGUGUAAACAAACACGAGCAUCCAAAUCAUCAAUUGAACAGUGCUAAAAUUGUGGAUGAGCUAUUAGUUGUGCCGGAACCACCGAUUCGACGUGUUUUAAUCGCAAAUCAGCUGAACGGUACAAACGUUGUCAAAGCCAAUCCAAAAGCAGUUACAGCAUCGGUAUUUAAGACAAUACCGAUCGCUCCAAAACAACCAUUCAAAGCGAUUGGAGGCGGUGAACAUCAGCUGAACAUCAUCAACAACAGCGGAAACAACGCAAUUGCACGUGCACCACAAACGGUAACCGCAUCAUUAAUACAGCCAAUUGUGGCUGCCAAACGUGACUCGUUUGGAAAAAUUCAAUCGACUAUUGCCAAACCGUCGUUGGUACCGCGCCAAACCGUUGUCACGGCAUCAUUAUUUCAACCGCGUAACGCACCAACCGUUGGACCCAUUUCAUCCAAAUUUCCAUCGCCUACUGUCAAUCCACAGGCAUCACGUGCUGCUGAAACUAUGAAUAAAUCGUUUUGUAUGCUCUCCGAUGAUUUAUCACAGCCCACUUUAUUGGAAACGAAACCGGAUGACACAGCACUUUUGAUUGGUGUACCAUCUUCACCGAUAUCAAUAGCUUCAUCGUCGCCGUCAAUGACACCAAAUUCCAUCAAUAAUUGCUCAGGAGAGACCACCACCAACAACAAAUAUGCCACAAACAACUUAAAUGACAUUACACCACUCGACGACACAACAACUCCGCUGUUCGGUGAAAUAUUCGACGAACUCAUUUUGCCCGACGGUUAUUGCACAUUACUUUCCGAUGACAUAAAUCCCAUUGAUUCACAGUCAAGUAAAAUGAAAUUCAUCGAUCCAUUCAUCAAUUAUCGCGAUGAAAUGUGCGAAACAUCUGAAACUUCGCCCAGCAUUUUAUCGCCCGACAAUUUAUCAAAGAGCCCAGAAGGAAGCAGCAGUUUGCCAUCGUUGUGCAGUCCAAAUUCGAUGAGUCACAGCGAUGAAUUUGCAUUUAUGUCGACGAGCUUGGAUAAUACGGACAUCGAUUUAUCAAUGCGUGCACCAUAUAUUCCAAUGAAUGAAAAUGACGAUUUACCAUUGCUCACCGAAGACUUGAUGUGGAGUGCAUUUUCCGAUGAAUUAAGGUUGCACAUAGACAUUAAGGAACCGAGUGCACUUCAACAGCAACCAUUGCAUUUGCAAUUAACAUCGCUUCCAUCACAACAGUUUGGCCCGGACCCGGUCGAACAAAUGAUUAUUGACGGUGCAAUUAACGGAAGCGUCAAGGAAACACCAAGCAUUACCGAACAACGGUUGAUGUUUGGCACAGCCAGCAAUUUGGCAUCGUAUUUGGCAAGCAAAUACGUGGAAAAUGAUUCGACAAACGAGGAUGGUUGCAACAAGUCAAAUGUUCUACCGGAAAUUUUGAAAAUGGAACAAACAACACCGAAAUAUGAGUGCGGCUCAAAUAGCAGCAGCAACAGCAACACUGCCAUUGACGACAAAACACAACAGAUUCUCGCGAAAAAUUUGAACGACGAUAGCAUACGAUCUCUUACACCAACACAGAUCGCUGGCGACCCAUCGAAAAUGGAAGUGAUCGACAGUAUCACCGACGGCUGUAUCACCACAUACACCAUUCAAAUGUUUGACAACGAAGCCUUCACGAAAAAUGGCACAAAUGCAACCACAUUGCCGAGUUGGACAAUGAAUGAUUUACUUCAAAUGAAUGGCAACGAUACCAAGGUGAAUGCUGUAUAUUCGGCCAUACCAUCGCCGACAAAACGUACAUCGUCAAGGUCGAGAACACAACAACAACAGAUGGCCGAAACGACAAAUGUCACACAAAUGAACCAUAAACGCCCAUCUCCAUUGGAUUCAAGCAUAAACAAGCGCUUGAAGAGCAAUUCAACGGUAUCACCAUUCAACCUUGACCAUUCGAGUUCUAGGUCAAUGGGCAACAUUCAACAGCAAUCAUUUUCAUUACAGAACCAGGACACAGUAGUGCAACAACAGCAACAGAAAUCGCCACAUUUGCUGCAACAUUUGAUGGCUCCAUCACCGGACCGUGUACGCAAAUACACCGGACCGGCCAACAAGUCCACCAGCGACAAAUCGAACAACGAUGCCCAAUGGAAUUGCAACAUUGGAUACGAUGAGCCGAAAAUCCAAUCAUCCGAUUCGGUUCUCAAAAAUUUACUUUGUAACAUGACAUCUGAAGCAGAUAAUCCGGUCAGCACAAUUGACCAGUUAAAAGAGAAUAAUCCAAGAUUGAAUAUGGGACGGGUCAACAUGGAGUUUGCACCAAACAUAUGCGAAAACGAUCAAAAUGGAAUGGAUGCCGAGAACUAUGGACUGGUUGACGAUAUUUUCCUCGUGAAUGAGUUGAAUUCGAGCUUCCCGAAUUCCGGUGGCGAUGCAUCGCCAUUCAGUUCGUCCGACAAUGACUUGGUUGGCUUAAUGAAGUCGGCCAUUGACGAAAGAAAACCGUUUGAGAGUUUUGAGAAACAGAUCACAAUCACUGUUCCACAACCGCCCCCAUUGAAGGAGGAUGCUUUUUCGAUCGGAGGAGGCCUUUUCGAUGGCAUCACCGAUCACACAAACAUUUUGCCAGCAUCGUUGAUUUCACCAAUGGGAACAGAGAACAGUAGCUACGACUAUAAUAUAUUUGACAGGACUGAUGUGGGUGCCGAUAGUUUGUUGGAUGUUUGGGUCGAUGAAAUGAAAUAAAUGAGCACACAAAAAAACCACCUACAAUUGCGUCGAUAAGGGCAUUUUCUUUUGAACCAUGAAUUGUUAUUCACCUUCUAUCAUUUACUCUACAAUUUUCUGACAAUUUUUUUUCGAAAGCACAAUUAUAUGGCCACUUUUUUUUCAUUUAUCCAAACGAAUGGAUUGCACUGAUAGAUGUUUUACACAUAAAUAACACAAAACAAACAACAAAAAUGUUAAUCAGUGCCAUUUGGAUGAAAAAAUUCUUUGGGAAAUCUAAAUUGUAAUUUUUGGGAAGUGGACAUUUAGAUUUUAAAUAAUUUUUAAUCAAGAUUGUAUGCAUAUAUAUAUAUAUAUCUGUCGAUCGAGAACAGGCAUGCACCACGAUCAAAACAGGAAAAUAAGCAAAGAGUUUUCUCGUGAGAAUGGACCUCCAUUCUGUGUUAAGCUUUGCAUCUAUAUUACUCCUUGUAUGCUACCAACUUUUAAUCAGUUAAACGUCGCAUAUUCUGUACAUUCAAUGAAUUUUGAUUGAAAUAAUUUGCAAAAAGAACGCUUUUUUCUUGAGCAUCAUCAGCGGAAAUCCAGAAACGACAGAAUUUGCGACGUUCAUCCUUAUUUUUUUCUUAAAUUGUAAUUUCUGUUUUCAUCUUAUUUUGGACGCAAUCAAACAUCCAAUAUCCAACAAACAAUCUAAUUUUCUAUGGCUCAUUUAUUUUGGUCAUAAAUUGAUAUACUUUAUUCAUAUGUGAAAAAAACAACACACAAUGUAACUGUAUCAAUGGAUUGAUACUGAAUGUGAGAUGGUUGAAUAUUUAAGUAAUAAAUAAUAGAAUAUAUCUUUUUGAUUGGUA